UUUUUGUUUUGUUAUUGCGCGCGACGGUAGGUUCGUGUGUGAGUGAAUAUGUGUGUGUUGGGGCCAUGAUUUUGGCACUUACACGACAGACUCCAGCACGUCGUCAGCCAAAAUCCGGUCGUCUAUGCGCCGUAUGCUGGGUGGUAUGCCAUUCGAAUUGCACAGCGCUGUUCAGUCUAAGCACAAACUUCGCCUGCGACGGUCGCUUUCUGCUCAUCGUUCUAUCUCUUUGUUUGGUCGUUGUCGUCGUCAUCGUCGUUGUCGUCGUCGAUACGAAACCCAAGUGUAGCUGGGUGCGCGCGCGUUGUGGCUCGUGGAAGUGACUUUCUUUCGAUUAUGCGAUUUAUUUAUUUAUUUAAAUUCAUUUUAUUUGUUUCUGACGAUUUUGGUGAAAUGUCAUUGGGACUAAACGUUUGCUAAUUUGUGGUUUACUAAAUGCUUUGCUAUAAACUGAGACUGGGGCGUCCAUUUUCUGUGAGCAAAUUCUGUUUGUUUGUCGUGUGAGCUUUUUUUCUGUGUUUUUCACAACUAUUUUCUGUGGUCGCUAAAAUAACAAGUCCACCACUUUCAGUUGGUGGUAACUCGAAAUUUGUGAAAGUGAAACGCAACUUUUUUUUAUAUGUGCACAUUUAUUGUUUUUGUAAAAGUUUACUUCACACACUUGUUAAAGUCGUUGCAACGGUAACUCCAAAUACCAAGUCUCUUAAAUUUUAAAUAAAUUGUAAAAGCAAAAGUGUUUUGAACCCAAAUCAAGUUGAAUGCUUAGAAGAAGUGUCAAAUCUCUAAGAAUCAAAGAAGAAGCAUAAAAUCUUAAAGAAAAUUGUUAAAAAUCAAAUAGUGAACUUCGAAAGUGUAAGUUGAAAGUGUUAAAGAGUUCAUUUACCUUAAGCGAAAAAGUGCUAGCAAUUCCAGUUAACUGCAUUUUUCCCACAAGUGUUUUGUUUUUGUAUUCCACCGCUUUAACUGUGUUUUUUUAUUUUUGUUGUUGCCAAAAAUACUUACGGCUUAGCAGCAAGCAACCAAAAGUCCAGUUUUUUCGUUGGCACACACACACACAUACUCCGCUUGGACAUAGCCGCCACUUUGUCCAGCGCUACUCAAAUACAACAACAAAAAGCACUGUGUGUGUACAGCGUUUGUCGCAAAAUUGGACACACUAGCCGCCGGAGCGUGGAAAAUUCGUCAGUGCGAACGUAGCAAUUAGCAGUGUAGUGCAGUUCGUGCGUGCAAAAAUACAGCAAAACAAAAACAAAAACAACAACAACAGCAUAAGCAACAGCAUCAGUAGUCGUAGCAGCAACAGCGCAGCACAUAGGCUCAGCAGCUGCUCCAACAUAUACUCCAACAACAACAACAACAAAUCGAUUUGAAAAACUCCAACUCCAGCCUAUAAACUGCCUGCAGCGCUCAACUGUCUGACUGCCAACUGCCAGCUGUCAACAACAACCACAACAACCAGCAAUAGCGCGGUAUUAAACGCGUGCGUUUACUUUUCGCCGAUUUCCGUGCUCACUCGCAACAUAAUACCGGUAUUUUUGGUGAAGUCACCUCCUCCGCUUCGCCAAUUUACCUGCUAUCAAACAGUGCCGCCUUUAUAUUGCAAUAGUAGCAACAGAUUUGUUUGCUCUGCAUCAACUCACUGCCUGCGCGUACAAAGUGAUGUUCUGCGUAUGCACCGCUGCGCCCGCAACCUAUGCAACGAAAUAAAAUAACAACAAAAUUGAUAAAGUAAGGCACUUUACACUAAACAAUAACUGGCGAAAAAGCAGAAAACAAGUGAAAAAAAUACAAUAAAAGAAAUAAUAAUUUUUAAGCAUUUUUUACGCAUAAAACUUACAACAACAAAAAAGAAGAAACUAUUAUAGAAAAUUAAAAACAAAAAAAAUAAUUAAAUCAAACAAACCAGACAAAUUCAAAGAAAGUGUUAAACCAGCACAACAAAAAACCAUCAAUAAUUUACAACAACAAAAAAGGCAAAAACAACGCAACUGUAAAUAAAACAUCGCACACAACAGCCAGCCAGCCAAAAUGUCAAUGACCAACAACGAUAUAGUCACCGCUGAGGCGGCACCAGCCAGCGCGUUGCCAAUGUCGCAAAUGCCCGCUGCACCGACGCCAGCAAACGAUCAGAAUCUGGGCUAUUCUCCAAUGAAAAUACGCAAAUUGCGUAUCAUACUCGGUACCAUCGCAGCGCUCGUCGUGAUCGCUCUACUCGCUGUGGGGUUGACGUUCAUCAUCAAAGCUGGGGAUGAUGAUGAUCUGACGCCACCGGAAACAGACAACGGCCUACACUUGGAUGAGGUCAUAACGGGGGCAUUAUCGGCGCAUCGCUUCAAUGGUACAUGGACACCACAAUCGCGUAUACUCUAUCGGGAAAACAAUAAUCCACUUAAAUUGCAGUCGAUUGUCGAGUAUGAUGUGAAGACGAAAAAGAAGCGAGUGCUGUUGUAUGAUGAGCUGCGUCAGUACUCGCUAUUCGAGAUGUCCGCCGAUCGUGAGCUAUUGCUGUUGGCCAAAAAUUUGUCCAAAUACUUCCGUCACAGCUUCUUUGCGCAGUACGACAUUUACAAUAUCACAUCCGGUCAGAUACAACCGCUACUGAUCAAUGGCGUACAGCAGUUGCUGCUCUUUGCGCAGUGGGCGCCCGUCGGCAAUGCGCUGAUCGUGAAUUUCGAUCGUAAUCUUUAUUAUAAACCAAGCGCCUAUGCGGAAGCGAUACAGCUGACCAGCGAUGAGAAUGUUGCCAUAUUGAAUGGCAUACCGGAUUGGGUGUAUGAAGAGGAGGUAUUCAGCACGAACAUCGCUACCUGGUUCAAUCCGACCGGCACACAACUCGCUUUCAUCAAAUUCGACGACUCACCAACACACGCCAUGAGUUUGGCCAUUUACGGCGAGGCGAACGAACCACGCUUCCAAUAUCCACUCACGAAAUUCAUACCCUAUCCCAAAGCGGGCUCCUCGAAUCCGCGUGUCAGUCUCUAUACUGCCGAUUUGGCGAGCGCGGCAAAAGGUUUAGAUUUUCUCACGCAGAUUCCGGUGCCCAGCUCGCUCAACACCGAGACCGAUUAUAUCAUAACGGCGGUCGAGUGGUUGGAUAAUGAGCGUGUACUCUCCGUAUGGAUGAAUCGUAUACAGAAUUUGGCAUAUCUGCAGGUGUUCGACGGUGUGCGUCGCUUAGAGAUCUAUAAUAUCGAAUCCAAGACUGGUUGGGUGAAUUUGUUUACACCACCCUUCAAGAACCGUGAUGGUUCACGCAUAGCACUUGUACUGCCACAGCAACAAGACGAUCACACAAAUUAUCGUCAGAUCUGUACACUAUCGACGAAGAGUUCGGGUGGCGCUGUAGAAGUACUUACUAAAGGUAAAUUCGUUGUGGAGAGCAUACUUCAUUGGGAUGCGGCUAGCGAUGUCAUAUUCUAUAUGGCUAACACAGAACAACAAUCCCAAGUGGCGCAUGUUUAUGCGAUCAAAGCGGAGGCAGGCCGCACACCACAGUGCCUCACAUGUGGGCUGCAUGUAUCGGGCGACGUGCAGCAAACAUACUAUGAGGUCUCUUUCAGUCAUGAUCACCAAAUCGCGAUCACUUCGGAUGGUCCCGGCAUACCGAUGACUGUUUUAUAUGAAUGGAACUGGGAAAAUGAUCAAGUGGUGCUUAAGCGUGUCAUCGAUUGGGAAUUGAAUACCGAACUACGUGCGAAACUGAAAUUGAAAGCUAUGCCCACCUAUGAAAUACAUACCUUCCCGAUUGCGGGUAACUUUACUGCCAAAGUGUUGCUACAAUUGCCACCCAAUCUCGAUCGUAGUGGCAACACGAAAUAUCCACUACUAGUGGACGUCUAUGGUGGACCCGACUCUACCUCGGUGCUCGAUCGUUGGAUGAUCGAUUGGGGCACCUAUCUCUCAUCAAACCAGUCUGUGAUUUAUGCCAAGAUUGAUGGACGCGGUUCCGGCUCACGUGGUGAUAAACUAUUGCAUUCGGUGUAUCUGAAGUUAGGCACGGUGGAGAUAACCGAUCAAGUUGAUGUAACCAGACAACUACAGCAGAAAUUUUCAUUUAUCGACGCCAAUCACACCGGCAUCUGGGGUUGGAGUUAUGGUGGCUAUGCGGCCGCUAUGGCUUUGGCCAAUGACGAGAGUCAAGUGUUCCGUUGUGCCGCUUCUGUGGCACCAGUCACCGAUUGGGCGUAUUAUGACUCCAUUUACACUGAACGCUAUAUGAGUCUGCCAAAACUGAACGAAGCUGGCUACGCGAAUUCUCAACUCACCACACGCGCAAAUCGUUUGCGCGGCAAGAAAUUCAUGCUGAUCCAUGGCACUCUCGACGACAACGUACAUUACCAACAGGCCAUGGUUUUGGCGAAGAAUUUGGAGCGAUUGGACAUACUAUUCAAGCAAAUUAGCUACACCGACGAAGAUCACAGCUUGGCCUCGGUGCGACCGCAUUUAUAUCAUACGCUGGAUCGUUUCUUCGGCGAUUGCUUCGCCAAUAAGCGCAUGAUGUCGCGUUGGAAUGGCAAAUGAUUGUAUCGUCAUAACAGUAACAACAACAACAACACCAAACGGACGAACAAACAAGGUAUAUAGCGAAGGCAAAAGGAACGAAAAGAAAAGAAAGCAGAAAGAUAAUAAACAGAGCACAAAAUAACGGCUCAACUGAAGACAAUAUUGGUGUGAAUAAGAAUUAAAAACAAUAAA